UAGAUCGACUGUUAUGGAUAAAGAUUAUGGACAUUCUUCCUUCUAACUUUAAACACGCCUACCUAAUUUUUCAGGGGUAAAAUAGUAAUUGCACGGCACAAUCCGGGUGCCGGAAUCGGAAAGAGCGCAGCCGGAGCAGGCCUCGCCAGCCGUUUCCGCCGCAGUAGCGACGGCGUCACUUUGCCGUGGAGUGGAAGCAAGCAAAAUCCAAAACUAUUUUUUAUUAUUAUUUUCAGAGGAGAGAGAGAGAGAGAGAGUAAAUGCGAUUUGUAUUUUAUUCAGGAAAGUAAAGGAGAGACGAAAGGGAAGAAGGGGAGAGAGAAUAUUUCUUGCCUCGUUCGUUUCAAUGGCGCCUACUGAAGUCUGAAACAGCAACCUCCUUCUGAGAUUUCUCACAAUCUGAAGUCUCGACUCUCGCAGCGGACGACGUCGUUUUACGGCGAUGAUGAACUGGUGGAGAGUGUUGAAGUCCGUGCAGGCCUUGGUGGCCCACAGCCUCCUCUUCUCCUUUACGCUACUGCUCGUCCUCAAGCUCGACGGCGUCGCCGCCUCCUACUCUUGGUGGAUAAUUUUCUUUCCACUUUGGAUAUUUCAUGCAGUUGUUGCCCGAGGAAGAUUCUCAUUACCUGCUCCUUCCGUUCCACACAGUCGUCAUUGGGCACCAUGUCAUGCUGUUGUCGCCACACCAUUGCUAGUUGCAUUUGAGUUGCUCCUUUGUAUAUAUCUUGAUAGUGUUUCCGUUCAUGGUUUUGCAGCUGUCAACUUGAAGGUUGUCUUUCUACCCUUACUGGCCUUCGAAGUAAUUAUUCUAAUUGACAAUUUCAGGAUGUGCAGGGCUCUAAUGCCAGGGGAUAAUGAAGGCAUUAGCGAUGACACAAUAUGGGAGACACUUCCUCAUUUCUGGGUAGCAAUCUCCAUGGUUUUCUUUGUUGCUGCUACAGUCUUCACUCUGCUUAAGUUAUGCGGUGAUGUAGGUGCUCUUGGUUGGUGGGAUUUAUUUAUAAAUUUUAGUAUUGCAGAAUGCUUUGCCUUUCUUGUCUGUACAAAGUGGUCCAAUCCAGUGAUUCAUCAAAAUUCUCAUACAAGAGAAGCUACUUCAUCUUCUACAACUAUUAGAUAUCUUGACUGGAAUAGCGGUUUAGUAGUUUCAGCAGAAGAGGAUCAGAAUCAAGAUAAAAUGUGUGGUCUGCAAGAUAUUGGUGGGCAUCUUAUGAAAAUUCCCGUGAUUGGCUUUCAAGUUCUCCUUUGUAUGCGCCUUGCGGGAACCCCAGAAAAUGCUAGACACAUCCCACUUCCAGUUCUCUUCUCUCCUCUUUUUUUACUCCAAGGCGCUGGUGUACUAUUUUCUGCAUGUAGGUUGGUGGAGAAAAUUGUACUUUUGUUGCGUAGUGGGGCUGGCACCGGAUUAUAUUUUAGAUUUUCUUCAAGAGCUCAUGACUGCUUCGGGUUUUUGCACCAUGGUUCUAGGCUACUGGGCUGGUGGUCGAUAGAUGAAGGAAGUCGAGAAGAGCAUGCCAAACUGUUUCAUGAGGGGGCAUCAGGAUACAACACUUUUUGCGGUUACCCACCUGAGAUAGUGAAGAAAAUGCCUAAGAAGGAUCUCACUGAGGAGGUAUGGAGACUUCAAGCGGCUCUUGGCGAACAGACAGAAAUCACCAAAUACAGCCAGCAGGAGUACGAAAGACUUCAAAAUGAAAAAGUGUUGUGUCGCGUUUGCUUCGAGGGAGAGAUUAGUGUGGUCCUGCUACCAUGUCGGCAUCGUGUCCUUUGCAGUUUCUGCUGUGACAGAUGUAAAAAGUGCCCGAUAUGCCGCGAAUCAAUCGAGCAGCGCUUACCUGUGUAUGAUGUUUAGGUUUCAAUCCACCCGCCCCACUCCGAAUGUUGUAUAAUAUGGAACUGGGGUAGAUAGAGCGGGACGGUAACCUUGAUUCAGCACAUGUUCUUAACACAGAUUAUACUCUAACUUCCAUGGUGGUGAGUUUUGCUGUUCUAAUUAAGCAAAGCAAAGGAUUGUAGGAGAUGCAGGAUGUGCAGUCACUUUUACAAAAACUGAGUAGCUUUUUUCCCAGUUUUUUCUACCUUUUGAAAUUGUAAAUGUGCAGUGGAAAGUACUGUUAUAACGGAGUCAUAAAUGAUAGUGUUACGAAUGGUAACCUUUCACUGAGGUUGAUGUUCCCUGAAAUAAAAAAUCGAGUUUCAGAAGGUAAAA